UCAGAAACAGACUGUAUGCCACUCUCACCUGCUUAAAUUUACUACCCCACAUGGGCCACCCCAGUCAAAAAUGCCUGGAUACACCUCUGCUAAUAAGUUACUGAUCGUACAACACCGAGUUAGUCUGCAGCUGCAAAACUGAGUGUACUGAAUUAAGCAAAGUUUCAUGAAGUCAUUGCCUCGCAGCCACUCAGUGCCGGGCUGAAGCUGAAGGAGCGCUGUGAGCUCCACAGUUCAGGAUCACAGGAUCUCUGGAGCGGCGGAGACUCCUCUCUCGGCACAGUCCGCUCAGGUUGUCAACUGCAGCAGCAGCAGCAGCAGCAGGAGCACCCCCACCACCACCACCACCCUGCUCCAAUAAAGUCCGCAUGGAGAUACCACCAACACCGACACCAUGCACCUCUGAACGCUUCAACACACCGUCUUUUGUGUAGCCCGAGGGGGGGAAAGAAAAAGUCUGCAGGAUCACUUUGCUUUUUUGCUCCACCGAGCGUCAAAGGAUUUUUUUCUUUUUUCGGAGAGCGCGUUUCUCUCUUUCUCCUUCCGCACUCGAUUUUUUUUUUUUUUUUUUUUGGGUUUUCUUUUUCCCCCUCACUGGAAAGAAAGAGCCUCUGUCCCCCCUCCACCUCCACCCCCUCUCGGGUCUACCUGCUCGCACAGCACCCAUGAAUUCAGAUAAAAAUGUAUACCUCGGCAGGGACAAAGGCAUCAUGCGGAAGAGAGCGUUGCUCCUUCGGAAAGGUUGCAGCUUCGAGAUUACCAGCUCUGCCUCGGAGGACUUGGGCUGCAGGCGUGGAGACUUCAGCAGGAAACACUAUGGUUCGGUCGAGCUGCUAAUUUCCAGUGACGCAGAUGGGGCCAUUCAGAGGGCAGGACGCUUCAGGGUGGAAAAUGGCUCGUCAGAUGAGACUUUGGACUACACUCCGGGAACCUGGAGGAGAACCGACGUCCAUCUGGAGAAUCCAGAGUACCACACCAGAUGGUUCUUUAAAUACUUCCUGGGAAAAGUCCACCAGAACUACGUGGGUACAGAUGCAGAGAAGAAUCCCUUCUACCUGUCGGUCGUCCUCUCAGAUCAGAACAACCAGCGGGUUCCACAGUACAGAGCCAUCCUCUGGAGGAAGACGGGCACUCUGAAGAUCAGCCUCCCCUACAGCCCGACCAAAACACUAUCAGUCAAAUCCAUCCUGAGUGCGAUGAACAUGGACAGGUUUGAGAAAGGCCCCAGGGAGAUCCUCAACCCAGAGAUUCAGAAGGAUCUGCUGGUGUUGGAGGAACAGGAGGGUUCUGUCAACUUUAAGUUUGGCGUCCUGUAUGCCAAAGACGGACAGCUCACAGAUGACGAGAUGUUUAGCAACGAGACGGGGAGUGAGAGCUUCGACAAGUUUCUCAAUCUGCUGGGUGAUUCCAUUACGCUGCAGGGAUGGGCAGGUUACCGCGGAGGGCUAGACACCAAGAACGACACUACAGGAAUUAAGUCCAUCUACACAGUGUAUCAGGGCCAUGAGCUCAUGUUCCAUGUGUCCACCAUGUUACCCUACUCUAAAGAGAACAAACAGCAGGUGGAGAGAAAGAGACACAUUGGAAAUGACAUUGUUACCAUAGUAUUCCAGGAAGGGGAUGACGCAUCGUCGUCCUUCAAACCGUCUAUGAUCCGAUCGCACUUCACCCAUAUUUUUGCAUUAGUUAGGUAUAAUAGCCAGAAUGACAGUUACAGGUUGAAGAUAUUCUCAGAGGAGAGCGUUCCACUGUUUGGACCUCCUCUCCCGUCUCCGCCUGUGUUUACUGAUCACCAAGAAUUCAGGGACUUUUUAUUAGUCAAAUUAAUCAAUGGAGAGAAAGCCACACUGGAGACGCCAACGUUUGCCCAGAAGCGUCAGCGGACCCUUGACAUGUUGAUCCGCUCGCUCUACCAAGACCUCAUGCCUGACCUGCACAAGGUUCCUUUUUCUCCCCAGAACAUGUUAAACCGACGAUCCUUCAGCGACGUGCUGCCUGAGUCUCCGAAGUCGGCACGCAAGAAGGAGGAAGCACGGCAGGCCGAAUUUGUCAGGAUAGGACAGGCUCUGAAGCUGAAGACCAUUGUGAGAGGAGAUGCCCCGACCAGCCUUGUAACCACAGGCCUGUGCAGAAAAGAGCCAUGGGAGUCCCAGUCGUUCUGCAGCACAUUCCCCUACGAGAUCGUGUGUGCCGACUCCUGGGGUCAGUCUCUGCUGGCUGCCACAGACACAGCGGGGGUCAUGCUGCUGGAUGGCCCUGAUCCGGCUUUGCCCAACGCUGAGACGCAGACUCUGCCUCCGGUGCAAGUGUUUGACAAAACCAUGGUGGUGAAGCAGAUGCACGUUCUCGAGCCUCAGGACCUGCUCAUCACCCGGGCAGACAAAGGGAAGGACGCUCGGCUCUAUGUGUUCAGACUGAGCACGCUCAAGAGAGGCCUGGAGGAGAAGCAGCUCGUCAGAGGGAAGUGCGACAGCCGCGAGAAUAAACUGGAGAAGACGAAAGGCUGUCAUUUGUACUCCAUCAACACCCACCACGGCUCCGAGCUGAGGAUAGUAGCAGCCAUCAGGAACAAACUCCUCCUCAUCACCAGGAAACGCUUUGAAGGCUUCAGCGCCAUUGCCCCGGGAGCAGACUCACCGGUGGAGGAGUUUCAGUACAUACGGGAGAUCUGUCUGUGCGACCCGCCUGUGGUCAUGGCGCUGGUGGACGGGCCGACGGGGGAAAACGACAAUAUGAUCUGUGUGGCCUACAAACAUCAGUUUGACCUGAUCAAUGAGAGCACUGGAGAUGCCUACCGGCUACAUCACGUAGACGCCAACAGGGUAAAUUUUGUAGCAGCCAUUGAUGUGUAUGAAGACGGGGAGGCGGGUCUGCUCUUGUGUUACAACUAUAUUUGCUACUAUAAGAAAGUUUGUCCGUUCAACGGCUCCACACCGAUGAUCCAGUCCAACACCUCCGACUUCCACUUCAGCUGGAACCAGAUGCCCAAUGCUAUCGUCUGUGCGUUUCCUUACAUCCUGGCCUUCACGACCGACUCCAUCGAGAUCCGACUGGUGGUCAAUGGCAACCUCGUGUACACAGCCGUGGUCCCAGAGCUACAGUUGGCUGCUUCACGGUCGGACAUCUAUUUUGUUUCGUCGGCUCCGGUGAGCUCGGCCUCCAACUGCAGUUCCAGAGACACCAGUUCCCAGAGUUCCCCGCAGACGCCCACCGGCUACGAGAUGCCCGUGUUCCCCUCCCCGCUCGGUGAUGAUUCUAUACGGAUUCCCUAUGGUACCAAGCUUUCCCUGUACAUGUCUAAGGAUGCCGAAGGUGAAUCAGCAUGUAAGCACAUGUUCAAGAUCCCUCUGUGUAACUUGGUGGGCCGCAGCAUUGAAAGACCCCUCAAGUCCCCCCUGGUCAACAAGGUGCUGACGACGCCGGGCCCCACCAUGGUGGCCCCGACUCCCCUCAUCUCCGCAACGCACUCGCUUUCACUGUCGCGCAUGGAGAUUAAAGAGAUAGCCAGCCGCACACGGAAGGAGCUGCUCGGCUUGACAGAGGAACCGAGCGGGAAGUCGGACAGUGGAACAGUCAAACAGAGGAAGAUGAGCAAGAAGAACACUGAGGAAGAGCCCAAAGCACGAGCACUGACGUCAACGAACAGUGACAGGUUAGCCUCAGAGUCUGUCGAAUCAGACCUGGACGUCCAGCUGCAUUGUUCGUCCAGUUCGGAGGCCGAGCCGGAGAAGGCGCUGCUGCGAGCGGAGAGCCCGCCUCUCGCCAGCGCAUUCGCCCUCUCCACAUCCUUUGAAGAAGAUGUCCUGGACCUAAAGUGAAGACAAUCCCAUCGUGCACUUCUCUGCCCACCCACUCCUGUACUGUCACACUUAUUUUUAUUGUUUUGGUUGGUUUGCUUUUAAUUUUGUCGUUUGUUGAAUCCUUUUUAUUUUUUUCCUUGUUUAUAUCCCUGUAUCUUGGGUCUCCCCAUUCAUCGGACAAGAUGGGUGCAGUGGGAGUUAAGGAGAUGUGUCAGUGUGUGUGUGUUUGUUUUCACGAGCAGUCCCCUCAGCCACUGUGUGUUGGGUGUUUGUGUUGCCCUCCCCGCAGCAAAUAACCCAAAGAGGCGAUGAGGUUGUGUAAGAUGCCGUGGUUUAUUCAGAGUUCUCGAGAUAAUGUUAACGGUUUGAUCCCAAACCAACAAACUGAAUGUAAAUCUGCGCACCGAGGCACGACAAAAAAAAAAUCUCAUUCACAAUGCCCUCUGACGUUGCUAGAGCUUAAUAUGUGUUGUAUAUUAUGUGGUUAUUUCCGAUCCACUUUCAAAUGUUGUAUGAUAUGCAUAUGUAUGUGUACAUCUGUUUAUACAUGAAAAUGCAUACACAGCGGCAGGCGUGUAUGCCUGUCAUGCCUGUGAUGCAUAUUUAUAGAUAUAUUAUAAAAAUCCAUUUUAUUCCCAUAUUUAGUAAAAGUAUGAUGUUUUAUGCUCUCUGCACAUAUUAGUCCUUAUUCCUCUCCUUAUUCACAGUAUACAGGUAGACAGGGCUGGAGGCAAAGUCUCCCACAAGUGCCAUUUCCUCCACAACAUCCUCCACUGAACUACACUUCUAAACAGCUCACCGUAUUCUGGUGUCUGACAGUAGCAGCCAUGAUUGUGGUCCACGUUAGAUUACUACGGCGAUACCCCACAGCUUCAUUGAGUUUGGAUAAAUUCACUUACCGGAGGCACAACGCGACAUUUUUACCCAAGAAGAAUGAUUUUAAAAAAUAAUAAUAAAAUCUGCAUGACCUGCCUUUGCUACAAGUGUUGUGUCUCCUGCGCCAAAAGAAAAAAUAAUAAUAAUAAAUUAGCUUCUUUGGAAACCACGAGGUCUGCGACGUCAUAUCAAACACAGCAGCAUAGAGCAAACCACAACCUGAGAUGACGGAAAGAGUGCGGAUGUUAAAAGCUUUUUUCUUUUUUUUACUAGACUGUCGUGUGAUGAUGGAUGGUAAUUAUAGAUAAAACCACAAGUUAUAGAUUAAAAACUAAAGUUAAAAGAUAUUAUUGUAUAGAGAGAUGAAACUAUCUUGACAAAUAACUAAACUAAAAAAUAAGGGGUGAAAUAUUUUUGGUGUUUUUGAAGUGGUCCAAGGUGUUGAAACAUUUCAAAUGCAUACUGAAUUUUAGACAUGGAUAUCUUUAAGAAAUUGUCAUCUUUAGCCAACUAAACUAAAACUAAACUAAUACAUGCUGUAGGUAGAAUUAAAAAAAUCAAUAACUGUCCAUGAAAAGCAACUAAAACUAAAAAGAAAUAAACCUAUCACGGAUUCAGCGCUCACUGGGGCUAACUAUUUUAAAGCUUUAUGUAUUAUUUUAAAUGUGAUCCACAGAGGUUCAGAGUCCACAUGCCUUGCUGGUUUUCAUUCCAGGUGUCCUGAUUUACAGCUCGGACACCUGGUGCAAGGCUACAGCUAUGAAUCGUCGGCCAGUUCACAAGACACCGCUGACACUCCAAUUUUCUUUUAUUCCCAUUUCACCAUGUGCCCAUUGACAAACAGCUAGACACGUCUUGACACACCUGCAAAGAGUUUAAUGUACUGAUCAUAUAUCAGACACGCCGCUAACUGAACUCAAAGGUCUUUGAUCAGGCAAAAUCUGUUUCAGAUCAGCUGAAGAUAUUCUGAUUCGCCUACAUUUCCCACAAUGCAGCUUGAUAGCAUCUUGAAUUAACCCCCUCUCUCUCUCUUGUAAAGCAACCUUUUGGUAGAAAUUGGUAUUUUUAAGAUUUAGUGCCCCCUGUUUCAGACCAUCGUCGUAAAUAUGGACCAUUGUACAUGUGUAUUUGUUAUGAUUAUGUUACUUAGGAUCAAAAACUAGCACCACCGCUAAAAGUCAGUCCCAGAUUGACUCUUGUCUGGCGGAUUCUUGCUCCAUCAAUGUCUCCUUCGGUCUCUUCACCUCUGCCAUUAUAUCCACAGAGGCUGCUGAGCCUGGUUGCAUUGCCUGCUUGCCCAGCUCCUGUUCUGGCACGACACCAGUGUUGCUUCCCGUCAGUAUUUGCCUCGGUGGUCCAGAAAACGCCUGUGGCAUAAACACUAACACUCCCCUCGGUGCUCUGAGCUCACAGUCCGGGCAGCCCGACUAACAAACUGAGCUGACUACCUAACAGCAGCUAUAGUUUGCAGCAGUUUACUACACUGUCCAUCAUAAAACUCAUAAUAUUCGAUCCGGUUUUCCCAAAAUCAGUGAAAUAUUUGGUGCUGUGCGACUUAACGUUGUUAUUAGGAUGUUAUGUACUUUUCGUGGGUGAUCAUACCUGGAACAUAAAGUCACGUACGAAUGACAGAGACAUCAUUAGCAUCAAAAUAAUAAAAAAAAUCUGUUAUUUCAUGGUAGAAAAGUUUCAGUAUGUUGCUUAUUUUAACUUAAUCUCAGCAAACAGACUUAAACAUUUUGCCCUAUGGGCCUCAAAGUGACAUAAUCAAAGCAAAACACUGGCUACGUUUGGACACCACAAACAGAUUUUAUACAGCAGAAUCCACUCGCUCACUCACAAAGACCCUCUUUGAGGAAUGAGCUAUAGAUGGAGUGGUGCCUCUCAGCUUUACUCUCUUAUUAGAUGAACUGCCUGACCCGGGUGUCACUCAUUGGCAAUUUCCAUCACCAUGACAACCGUUAAGCGCUGAAUGAGACUGUGCUGAUUAGACUGGUCUCUGGUGGUGUCACCGCUGCUUUAAUACAGAUACAAACAUUUUAUUUCCGCUCAUUUCAUCACUUCAUGACUGAUAGAUGCAUGUUAAAAAAAACAAUUGACUGACACCUGAACACACAAACUAAACUCCCAGUAGCUUAGACACCAGCUGUGUCACCAUCACUUGGUUUCUCCUUACACUAAAACUCUCAUUUCAACACCUUUUUCAUUGCUUACAUUUUAUUUCUCACCCUUUAUUCCAACCGUUCACACUCCUAAAAAAGGUUAAACCAGCAAUGCUGUUCAGCUCCCAGCUACUCAUGAAGCAAUGCAGCUCAGCAUAAGUCCGCCCAGCAGCCAGCAAUCCCCAACGCAAUUAUUCCAGAAAUUGCAUAAAUAUAGUUUUUCUUUGAACUCAGCGCUGAGGUCAUUAAAUCAGUCCCGUGAGUCAGCGUGAAUCAAUCAACAUGAAACAAGAAAGAUGAGUAAUGAACACUAGACAGUCGGGGGGAAAA